AUGCUCACUUCUUAUAUCUCUCUCCCGCUAAUGGCAUUUGCUCUGUCUGGUGCCCUCAGCGCUCCAUCAUCAAAUGUUGAAGCACUAAACCCUGGUUCAGCAGCCCGUGACGAGACUGGCCUGGUCGACUUUGGAGGCAAGCUCGACGACGAGGACAACAAGAUUUCCAAACGCCAAACUGGAAUGGUCGACUACGGAGGCAAGCUUGACGAUAAUGAUGACAAACUUUCCAAGCGGGAUGAUGAUCCUUUAGGACUAGGCGACAGCGACUACAUAUCCUCGUGCGGUAGCGAGUGGGUGCCUGUCGACGACUUUCAAAACAACGUGCGCUGGUACAUGGGGUACCGCGAGGCCGUCAAGCUGUUUUGCACGCACAUUACAUCUGAUUACGAGGGCAAGCCCGCCGUUGUGGCUCCCAAGUCCUACGCCGGAACGACCAUUUACACCAACGACGCUCGAGAGCAGAUUGGCCUGGCCGGUGGUGAGGACCCAAGUACAAGCACAAAGGUACUACCAGGCCACAUUGAGUUCGAGAUCCACAACAAGCAGAAAUCUGGAGAUCACAUCCCUACCUUGGACAACUGCAGGUUCUACUUGAUGAAGAUGGCUACAGAAGGGCAGAGUUGUUUUGGAGAUGACAACAAUGAUACCAAAGGUGGUACUUGGCAAGUGGGAAGCAAGGAUGUUUCGUAUCAUGCACUGCCUAAGAAGAACUAA